GAAGGGGGCAGGCGGCGCGUCUUUGUGCAGGCACCGAGCUCCUGAAAGGCUGGAGCCGGUGGAGUAAAGGACCCAAUUUCUGGAUAAGAAAACAGAGAAAUGUGGGGAACUCUACCUGGAGAAAACGGCAGGGUCCGAGCCAGGGCCCCGAUCUCUACGUCACCGCCCACACCCCACUCACCAGCCACCGCUUCCCGGGGGACCGAGGCUCCAAGACACACCGGCUCAUGGCCAGACCCCGCCACAGCCCCCAGCGCGAAAGGCCGGAGGCCGACAUGUUGCCUCCAUUCAGUCCCAGGCCGGCCCCGCCCAUCGACGUCACCAGCCCGCGGCCAAUCGCAUCGCCGCCUGCGCGGGGGCGUCCCCUCGGGAGGGGCAAUGCCCCCGCGGAGCCUCCCGGGGCGGAAGUGGCGGGGCGGCGGCCGCGUCGGGUCGCCCCCGCGCGUUCCCCGGCGAGGCGUCAGCGUGUCCCCGCGGGGCGGUGUGGCAUUCUCGGAGCCCUUCCUCAGUCUUCGACCUGGGCAGCCGGAGCCUUGCCUUGCCCGCGUUGUGGCCCUGCCCCGCUGCCGAAGCCUGGCGACUCUGCCCGGCCGUAGGCCUCAGCCUCCCCAGCUAAUUUCCUAACAGCCCUCGGGCCCGGGGCCGUGGCUGGGGCGGAGCCUGCGGGCGUCCCGGAGCUGGUGCCUAGCAACGCCAGAGGCCGGGGCUGCGAGGCGUGCUGGGGCCGCGAGGGCGUUGGUACCCUCCUGCAAGAGACCCCAUGGAAGACUCUGGCGAGGUGCCGGCGCUGGGCAAAGCUAAAGCCAAGGCAGAGGACAGGGAUGCUCUGGCACUUGACCAGGUCCCCUCAGAGACCAUCCCAAAGCCACGGGUGAUUCCAGUUCCAAAGGGAACCCUGAAGCGCAUCUUUGGGACCAGCCAGGUGUUCCUGAAUUUGGAAGAUAUAAAACCAAGGGUCAUAAAGUUAACGCUGCCUCUCAAAGUCAAAGAGUACGAGCCCAUCUGUGCCUGGAGCAAGAAGACUGGGAGAUGGCUGUGCUAUUCUUCUCCCGUGCCCUUCAGCUGGAUCCCCAGUUGGUGGACUCCUAUGCCUGGAGGGCUGAGGCCUUCAUCCAGCUGUGUGACUUCUCCUCGGCUGCCCAGAACCUGCGAAGGGCCUAUUCCUUCCAGCCGGAGAACCCCAAGUACCUGGAGCGGCUCGCCUUUGUGCUGUACAUCCAGUGUUGCCCCUGCCACCUGUGGGUGCAGCUGGGUCAGGGUUGCAAGCAGCAUUGACUGUCCAUGUCCCCAGGGCCAGUGCUUGUAUGAGCAGUGCAAUUACCGGGAUGCCCUGAACGUCUUCUCUCAAGGCUCUGUGCUCCAGCCCAACAAGGCCUGCUUCCGCUACCGAAGCAUGGCCUGCCUCCUGGCCCUCAAACAGUAUCAAGACUGCCUCUCACUCAUCACCAAGGAGGUGAAGCAGGGCACUGCCAACCCCGACAUCUACAUCCUCCGGGCCAGGCUCUACAACUUCUUCCAGAAGCCCAGACUGUGCUUCCGGGACCUGCGCAGCGCCUUGCUGCUGGACCCUGAGCACCUGCAGGCCAAGAUGCUGCUUCAGACGAUGGUGGACCAGGCCCAGCAGGCCCGCCAAGACGCCGGCAUCCUAGCGGUGCAGGGCCUGCUGCAGCACGCCCUGCAGCGCAUCAACUGCGCCAUCGAGAACAACCCUCUGGACCCCAGCCUCUUCCUCUUCCGGUACUGGGAGUGGAGGGGCACCUUGUACCGGAGGCUCCGGGAGUUUGACAGCGCGGUGGAGGACCUCCUGAAGGCGCUGGACAUGCUGACGGACCGGCAGGGUAACCUGGUGCAGCAGGCGCAGCGCCAGCUGCUGCUGGCCUACAACGACUUUGCAGUGCACUGCUACGAGCAGGGCGCCUACCAGGAGGGCGUGCUGCUGCUCAACAAGGUGCUCCGCGAGGAGCGGCGCGAGAAGGGGCUCUACAUCAACCGCGGCGAUUGCUUCUUCCAGCUGGGCAACCUGGCCUUCGCGGAGGCGGACUACAGGGAGGCGCUGGCGCUGAGCCCGCAGGACGAGGGCGCCAACAUGCGCAUGGGCAUGCUGCAGGAGAAGAUGGGCUUCUGCGAGGAGAAGCGCAGGCAGUUCCAGAAGGCAGAGGUCCACUUCUCAGCGGCCAUUCAGCACAACCCCUACAGGGCCCAGUACUACGUGUACCGGGCCAAGAGCCGACAAUUCCUGCAGGACAUCUUUGGGGCCCGCCAGGAUGUGGCCACUGUCCUGCUCCUGAAUCCCAAGCAACCAAAGCUUCUCCCACUGCUUACCAGCCUCUUCCCGGGCAUGUCCGUGGAGGAAGUGCUUCGCAGCCAGGUGGCCCACCUGGCCCGGCUGCAGCUGAUGCAGAUGAAGAGGGGCUCUGCGGCCAGCAACCUGCAGGGCGUGGUGGGGAUACUGAGGGAGCGGGAACUGGAGCGGGCGAAGGCCAAGGCCCUGCUGCUCUCCUGGAAGCAGGAACAGCCUGAGAGCUCCAGAGAGCUGGAGCCCACAGCCCAGGGCCUGCAGGUAGAGCCAGAAGAGGCCAGGCCCGCCGAGGAGGACGACACCGCCAAGAAGAAAGAGGACAUCCAGGAGCUUGCCCUUCACAAGUUGCCAUCCCUGUCGGAAGAAUACCUGGACCAGACCUCCUCAGGUUCCGUCUUCCGCUUCAGGGUCGAGUCCACCUCAGAGUCCACCACGUCCACCACCUGCCGGGAAUACAGGAGCAGCUCCACCACGGCUGCGACGCCCUCCGAUUCCUCGCUGCUGAAGACUUCUCCGUCCUCGGACUCUGGGAACAGCAAGGGGGAUCUGAGCCUGAGCCCUGGCCGCAGAAAGACCCCGGCUUCCCAGGAGAGGCGGCAGAGCUCCAGCAAGCCAGAGGCCACCCAGGACCAGAGCCAGAGCUCCAGAAAGACAGAAGACACCCAGGGCCCAAAGCAGAGGCCCCAGACCAAGGCCACCCGGAGCCCACGGCAGAGACUCAGAAGGGCCAAGGCUGCCUGGGGCAAGAGCUGGAGACCAGGCAGGGCUGAUGUCCCCCAGGGCCAGAGCUGGGGCCUGAUCAGAAAUUCCAGCAAGGUCCAGGGUUCCCAGGAUUCCUGUUGUAGCUUCAGCAAAAUCACAGUCACCCAGGACCAGAGCCAGAUGCCUAGUAGGACAGAGGCUGCCCUGGGCUCCCCUCAGAGCAUGGGCUCCCGUCCCAGCCAGACUGAUGUUACCACGGCACUGAGCCCGAGUCCCAGCAGGACCAAGACUCCCCCCAGCCCAAGCCAGAGACUCAGCGAGAUGGGGGCGCCUGAGAACCCGGCCAUUAUGCUGCUCUUUGAGGAAGCUCAGUGAAGCCCUGGCUUCUUGCUGGAGUAGAGACACAAGCACCCAGCAAGGCUGCUUCCCUCCACGGCAAGGAGAAAGCUCGCCCGGCAUUCAUUCAGUCCAUGGCUAAGUUUAUUAUACUUGUUCUCUUCUUUUUAAAAAAUUAAAAACUUGUAAAUCCAG